CCCUGUGGAGUCCUAGAGCCCCAACCAGCCUCCCAGUCAGCCUCCCAGUCAGCCUCCCAACCAGCCUCCCAGUCAGCCUCCCAGUCAGCCUCAACCAGCCUCCCAACCAGCCCUCCAGUCAGCCUCCCAGUCAGCCUCCCAGUCAGCCUCCCAGUCAGCCUCCCAGUCAGCCCCAACCAGCCUCCCAGUCAGCCUUCAAGUCAGCCUCCCAGUCAGCCUUCCAGUCAGCCUUCCAGUCAGCCUUCCAGUCAGCCUCCCAGUCAGCCUCCCAGUCAGCCCUCCAGUCAGCCCUCCAGUCAGCCCUCCAGUCAGCCUCCCAGUCAGCCUCAACCAGCCUCCCAACCAGCCCUCCAGUCAGCCUCCCAGUCAGCCUCCCAGUCAGCCUCCCAGUCAGCCUCCCAGUCAGCCCCAACCAGCCUCCCAGUCAGCCUUCAAGUCAGCCUCCCAGUCAGCCUUCCAGUCAGCCUCCCAGUCAGCCUCCCAGUCAGCCCUCCAGUCAGCCCUCCAGUCAGCCUCCCAGUCAGCCGCCAAGUCAUCCUCAACCAGCCCCAACCAGUCAUCCUCAACCAGCCCCAACCAGUCAUCCUCAACCAGCCCCAACCAGUCAUCCUCAACCAGCCCCAACCAGUCAUCCUCAACCAGCCCCAACCAGUCAGCCUCAACCAGCCCCAACCAGUCAGCCUCAACCAGCCCCAACCAGUCAGCCUCAACCAGCCCCAACCAGUCAGCCUCAACCAGCCCCAACCAGUCAUCCUCAACCAGCCCCAACCAGUCAGCCUCAACCAGCCCCAACCAGUCAGCCUCAACCAGCCCCAACCAGUCAGCCUCAACCAGCCCCAACCAGUCAGCCUCAACCAGUCAUCCUCAACCAGCCCCAACCAGUCAGCCUCAACCAGUCAGCCUCAACCAGUCAUCCUCAACCAGCCCCAACCAGUCAUCCUCAACCAGCCCCAACCAGUCAUCCUCAACCAGCCCCAACCAGUCAGCCUCAACCAGUCAGCCUCAACCAGUCAGCCUCAACCAGUCAGCCUCAACCAGCCCCAACCAGUCAUCCUCAACCAGCCCCAACCAGUCAGCCUCAACCAGCCCCAACCAGUCAGCCUCAACCAGCCCCAACCAGUCAGCCUCAACCAGCCCCAACCAGUCAGCCUCAACCAGCCCCAACCAGUCAGCCUCAACCAGUCAUCCUCAACCAGCCCCAACCAGUCAUCCUCAACCAGCCCCAACCAGUCAUCCUCAACCAGCCCCAACCAGUCAGCCUCAACCAGCCCCAACCAGUCAGCCUCAACCAGCCCCAACCAGUCAGCCUCAACCAGCCCCAACCAGUCAUCCUCAACCAGCCCCAACCAGUCAUCCUCAACCAGCCCCAACCAGUCAGCCUCAACCAGCCCCAACCAGUCAGCCUCAACCAGCCCCAACCAGUCAGCCUCAACCAGCCCCACCUCAACCAGCCCCAACCAGUCCCAACCAGUCAGCCUCAACCAGCCCCAACCAGUCAGCCUCAACCAGCCCCAACCAGUCAGCCUCAACCAGCCCCAACCAGUCAGCCUCAACCAGCCCCAACCAGUCAGCCUCAACCAGCCCCAACCAGUCAGCCUCAACCAGCCCCAACCAGUCAGCCUCAACCAGUCAUCCUCAACCAGCCCCAACCAGUCAUCCUCAACCAGCCCCAACCAGUCAUCCUCAACCAGCCCCAACCAGUCAGCCUCAACCAGUCAGCCUCAACCAGUCAGCCUCAACCAGUCAGCCUCAACCAGUCAGCCUCAACCAGUCAUCCUCAACCAGCCCCAACCAGUCAGCCUCAACCAGCCCCAACCAGUCAGCCUCAACCAGCCCCAACCAGUCAGCCUCAACCAGCCCCAACCAGUCAGCCUCAACCAGCCCCAACCAGUCAGCCUCAACCAGUCAUCCUCAACCAGCCCCAACCAGUCAUCCUCAACCAGCCCCAACCAGUCAUCCUCAACCAGCCCCAACCAGUCAGCCUCAACCAGCCCCAACCAGUCAUCCUCAACCAGCCCCAACCAGUCAUCCUCAACCAGCCCCAACCAGUCAUCCUCAACCAGCCCCAACCAGUCAGCCUCAACCAGCCCCAACCAGUCAGCCUCAACCAGCCCCACCUCAACCAGCCCCAACCAGUCCCAACCAGUCAGCCUCAACCAGCCCCAACCAGUCAGCCUCAACCAGCCCCAACCAGUCAGCCUCAACCAGCCCCAACCAGUCAGCCUCAACCAGCCCCAACCAGUCAGCCUCAACCAGCCCCAACCAGUCAGCCUCAACCAGCCCCAACCAGUCAUCCUCAACCAGCCCCAACCAGCCAGCCUCAACCAGCCCCAACCAGCCAGCCUCAACCAGCCCCAACCAGCCAGCCUCAACCAGCCCCAACCAGUCAGCCUCAACCAGCCCCAACCAGUCAGCCUCAACCAGCCCCAACCAGUCAGCCUCAACCAGCCCCAACCAGUCAGCCUCAACCAGCCCCACCUCAACCAGCCCCAACCAGUCUCCCAGUCAGCCUUCCAGUCAGCCGCCAAGUCAUCCUCAACCAGCCCCAACCAGUCAUUCUCAACCAGCCCCAACCAGUCAUCCUCAACCAGCCCCAACCAGUCAGCCUCAACCAGCCCCAACCAGUCAGCCUCAACCAGCCCCAACCAGUCAGCCUCAACCAGCCCCAACCAGUCAGCC